AUGAAAAUUGACAGGGUGUUAUUAUUGCCGUUGAUAGUGUUUACGAGCUUAGUUUGUUCGAUUGUGGGAAGCCAGAAUUACAUCUAUGUUCAUAAGAUCAUCGAUAUAUAUGAGCAUGUCUCUGAUAUGGCGAAGUUUUAUAGAAUCACAACAAUAGAAGCCAAGCUUUAUUAUCCUAAUGUAAAAGUCCAUAAUAAUCUUCCGACGUCAGUUGUGAUGUUGGUGGAGAUGCAAAAAGGCAAGACAGGGUUGCAAGGGGUAAACGAAGUCAAACAAAGAGUCUCGUCGCUAAUCGAUGGCAUGCAGGGGCGGGUGGGGGAAGUUGAUAUUAUUAUCUUCGAUUGGUGUGUAGCUCCUUUUAUAACACCCACUGUCAAGUUGCCGCCAAACACUGGUUCAAAAUUGAGCAGCACUGUUAAGGCAUAUGUAUGCAACAUGUUUAAUGAGCGCUUUAGUGAGGCUAAAAUCCCGCAUGGCGGUUCAUUUGCGCUUCUAAUGCAUCCGCCAGUGGGCCCAACGCCAGCUAUAAACAAAUGGAAAGAAGAUGAUCAAGAUGAUGAGGAAGAGGGCGUUACUCUUAUUUAUAAUGACAUCAAAAAUGGGUUCUAUGGACCAUUUUCGGCGAUCUUUAAGCAAGUGGAGCAAGACAACAGGCAAAAUAAGGCCACAGAUAAUGGGAAUUUUGUGAGCAACUUGCUUCAUCAAGCACAGAGUUGGUUUGCGCGAACUGACUUGAACAACCAGAAAGACUAG